CCAUCGCCCGCCCCCGGUGCGGCGGGCCCCGCGCCCUCCCCUUCCUCCCCCCCCCGCCCGCCCGGAACGGGACCCUUUAAGAGGAGGGGGCAGCGGCUGGAGGGUUUGGCCAGGGGACGGGGCCGCUCCUGCGAGGGCUGCGGGAUUGGGUCGCCCGGGCAAAAGGAAGGGAAAAAAAAAAAAAAAAAGAAAGAAAAAAAAGAAAAUAAAAAGAGAAAAUAAAAUAACAUAAAAAAAAAAAAGAAACAGAAAGGGAAUUAAAAAAAAUAAAGUGGAAGCAGGCGAAAAGGGGAGAAAAAAAAAAAAAAAAAAAAGGAAGGGAAAGGAAAGCUGUCCCCAAAACUGUGCCAACUCCGAGCGAGCAAGGAUGGUGCACCCCGGCUGGGUCUGCUUGCUGCACAGCUCCCUCCUCCUGCUGGCCAGAGCGCGGCAGAGCCGCGGCGCCUGCCCGCUCGGCGGAAAGAGCGAGCUGAACUCCUUCCUGUGGACCAUCAAGAGAGAUCCCCCAUCUUACUUCUUUGGCACCAUCCACGUCCCGUACACCCGUGUCUGGGAUUUCAUCCCAGAGAACUCCAAGAAGGCCUUCCAGCAGAGCCACAUCGUGUACUUCGAGCUGGACCUCACCGACCCCUACACCAUCUCUGCCCUCACCAGCUGCCAGCUCCUGCCGCAGGGGGAGAACCUGCAGGACGUGCUGCCCCGGGACAUCUACCGCCGGCUCAAGCGGCACCUGGAGUACGUCAAGCUCAUGAUGCCGUCCUGGAUGACCCCAGACCAGCGGGGCAAAGGGCUGUACGCUGACUACCUCUUCAACGCCAUCGCUGGCAACUGGGAGCGGAAGAGGCCGGUGUGGGUGAUGCUGAUGGUAAACUCUCUGACGGAGGUAGACAUCAAGUCGCGAGGUGUUCCCGUCCUGGAUCUGUACCUGGCCCAGGAAGCGGAGCGGCUGAGGAAGCAAACGGGUGCUGUGGAGAAAGUGGAGGAGCAGUGCCACCCGCUGAAUGGGCUGAACUUCUCCCAGGUGAUCUUUGCUUUGAAUCAGACUCUCUUGCAGCAGGAGAGCCUCCGAGCAGGCAGUUUCCAGAUCCCCUAUACGACAGAAGACCUUAUCAAGCAUUACAACUGUGGGGACCUCAGCUCCAUCAUCUUCAACCAUGACACUUCUCAAGUCCCAAAUUUCAUUAAUGCUACACUGCCAGCCCAUGAACGUAUUACUGCCCAAGAGAUAGACAGCUACUUCCGUCAGGAGCUCAUCUACAAGCGAAAUGAGCGAAUGGGAAGGAGAGUGAAGGACCUGCUGGAAGAGUACCCAGACAAGAGCUUCUUCUUUGCAUUUGGAGCUGGUCACUUCAUGGGCAACAACACAGUGAUUGAUGUUUUGAGGAGAGAAGGGUACGAGGUAGAACAUACUCCAGCUGGACAAGCCAUCAACAACGGAAAACCCCCCAAAAGCUUGUUAGCCUUCUCAUCGUCCUCACCAGCACACAGCCCCUAUGUAGAGUCACAGGAGCUACCUCCACCGUUGCACCCCUGGAAAGAGGAGGAGGAAGAGCUCUUGCCUCACCUGCUGCUCCCUGACGGCAUCGAUGUGCUGGAAAAGGUGGACAGGAAGUACAAAAAGAAGAAGAAGAAGCAGCAGAAGAAGCAAAGACUGCGGCAGUUUAAUGACCUCUGGGUUCGCAUUGAAGAAAGCACUACCGACCCUCCUCCGCGGAUCCGCAUCAUCAACGGGUACAUCACCGUCGAACCCCAACCCCGGGGCCACGGGCGGUUCAGCCAUGCUCGCACGGACACCAGCGGCGCUCACCGGCUUUUCUGCCCUCUCUUGGCCUCGCUACUGACUUCGGCAGUGCAUGUGAUAAGGCUGCAUUGAGACGCAGGGGGAGCCGAGCGGCAGGGCUCUCGCCUUAGGAAGCAGAAAAGGAACUUUUGUGACAAAAUAAACAGAGAAGACUUUCUGAGAGGGACGCCCGUUCUUCGGGGUGUUCUUGUACUGCCUCCUUUUCCUGAGUCUGGAUCAUUAACACUGUUAACUGGUUUGACCUGCCCAAUACAGGAGAAGAUAUUUUAAUGAAAGUGUUAUUUAUCCUUCUCUUGCAGAAGAAUGAUUUCAUGUUAUCCCAUAAUGCUUUGGGGAAGUUUAUAAUGUCGCUAUAACAUAGCUGUUGUUUAGCUGUAUGAGCCCGACUGAAUUACAGUUUUUUCACCUUUGUUGCCUUGUGUGAAGAUUUACACACCACUAACUUGUUUAUUAGAACGGUGUAUAUUGGUCAUAUGAGCACAGCUGGGAGAAAGUUUGGUACUUUAUGUCUCUACUGGUAACGCUUUUAAUUCUUGCUUAUUAGGGCUCCAGAUUAUAUAUACAGGUUUACAACAACACCUUCUACAGUAGAAUAAAACAGUAAAGACUUGAGAACAGAAUGUUUCUGCUGUGUCUGUUUAGUGCUGUUAUAAGAUGGGUACGCCUCAACCUCCCAUGGCCAGACCAGUCUCUUAAAACACUAACGCAUAUACAAGGAAAAAUAAUUGCCUGGGGAUCUUCACGUUCUGCAAACCACUGUUUGCUUCCAAAAUAAUAAAUUCUCGAGAGGUGAUUUGAGAACACCAGAUUCAGGUUUCCCCUAUCUUUCUAAAUCGAGAUUAUAUUGUUAUUUUACGGUUGGAUUCACUUUCUUCAGGAAAAAAAAAAAAUCCUUUGUACCACUUUUCUGCACAGUUAGACUCCACUCCAGGAAAUUCAUGCAAAUUUUCUACUGAUUACAAUGGAAAUCUCUGUUGUCAGACUUUUGAAAUUGCUUUAAGUCUUCUGCUGUCUGUUUGCAAAGGGCAUGCAGUUGACUCGUGGUUCUAGGAGCAUUGGAAGUAGUGAUGUAUGCUUUUCUGUCUCCAUCCGGGACAUUUUCUUGUGACCAUGAUGACUCACUU